AGUGGCAACGCCACGGCAGCUGGACACGCACACAGGCACAACAUGUAAUUAUUUGUUUUCGUUUCGAGAAUUUCAGAGGUAAAAACCGAACGCACUACGUGGUGACAAGAUUACCCAGCGACGCAGACGACGAGUGGGACUGUCCGGCGGAUUGGGGGCAGCGGGAAACGGCGGUUACAACGGCAACAAGAUGCACCAGCAGCACAUGGACCUCCAUGCGCCCGUGGACCUGAACAAGUCCCUGGACGAGAUGACGCCGGAGGAGCGGAUGAGAGCGGAGCACCAACUGAUGGUGGAGAAGCAUCGCGGCCACGACGCCAUGCACUCCGAAAUGGUCAUCAUCCUGUUCGUCACCCUGGUCAUCGCCCAGAUCAUCCUGGUCGAGUGGAAGAAGCGCCACUACAGCUCCUACGCCUUCGUCACCCUGCUGGCCAUGUGGCUCAUCCCGCUGAUCAUCUCCUGCAGCUUCGGCUGGCUGCGCUUCAUCCUCAUCUGGCUGGUCUUCACCUGCAUCACGGCCCUGGUGAUGCGUCGGGCCAUCAGCAAGCCCAUCCAGGGCACAACGCCCAGGCUGGUCUACAAGUGGUUCUACUUCAUCUACAAACUGAGCUAUGGGCUCGGUCUGGUGGGCUACCUGGUGAUCAUGGCCGCCUUCCUGGGCAUGAACUACCUGUUCUCGCAGCCACCGAACACCUGGAUGGACGUGGGCCUGAUGUUCUGCUUCUACGGGCUGUAUAUCGGUGUUCUAGGGCGGGAUAUAUCCGAGAUAUGUUCGGAUAAGAUGGCGGCAGCCAUAGGCUACUACACACCGCAGGGCAUCCCCACGCGGCAUCUGGAUCAGAAUGUCUGCGCCGUUUGCGGCAAUCAGCUGCUGGUCUCCGAAAAGGAGGAGGGCGUCAUCGAGAACACCUACAAGCUGUCCUGCAACCAUGUGUUCCACGAGUUCUGCAUACGCGGCUGGUGCAUUGUGGGCAAGAAGCAGACGUGUCCCUACUGCAAGGAGAAGGUCGAUCUGCAGAAGAUGUUCCGCAAUCCCUGGGAGAAGCCGCAUGUGCUGUACGGACGCCUGCUGGACUGGAUCCGCUGGCUGGUGGCCUGGCAGCCGCUCAUCUUCUUCAUAGUACAAGGCAUCAACUGGAUGCUGGGACUGGAAUAGGUCCUUCGCUAGCUUUCCUCGGCGUCUAGUCAAGCACACACACUUUGGAUCAAGUCCUGCACAUGCAACACCACACAGAAGACACGACGACAGACGACAGACCAAUUGGAGGGGUGGCGAGUCACCAGGAGCACCACUAGCACCAUCAUUCCCCCGCCGCUCCCCUCCAGAACUCUCCAUCCAACCGUUUUCCGGGUUUCCGUUUCCGUUUCCAGUUCUGUGUGUGUUUUGCUCUUCGGGCACCCAACUUUUCCAUUCGUUCAGUCUCUAAUCGAAACGUAAAUGCAAUUUCGGAUAUAUGCAUCUAUAUCUAUAUAUUAUAGCUAUGUAUUUAUGUACAUAUGUGUGCCUGUGUGUAUGUCUCCUAGGUAUUAUUGCCGAUUUUAUUUUCUUGAUUCUAUUAAUUGCACUGGAGCUGGUUAGGAAUAAACAUAUACCAAAAAAUACAUCUAUUGAUAAAGUA